GCCUUUGUUUGGCUCCUCCAAAGAAUCCCAACCCAUCAUCGUCAGCGUCUUGGGAGUUAUCGUAAAUCUGGUAGCUUCUGGCUGGUUCAUUGCAGGGAACGUGUGGGUGUUCAGGGCCUGGUCCAAGAACCCAGACUUCGAGGACCUGACGCAGGAGAACAGCUGCCACAAGGGUCUCUUCCACCUGGCUCUCUAUGGCGGCCUCAUUGGUCCUUACGCCGCUCUCGGUCUCAUUGUUGUCACCGGUAUUUGUCUCUGUAUUUGCUCAUAGGAUGUGGUCAUGUUCUGUGACGUGUGAUCUUGUUUGAGAAAGUGUUUUUUUUUUUUUUUUUUUUUUUUUUUUUUUUUUUUUUGUAAAGUGUAACAUGUUUUCUGGAGAUGUAAAUAGCAGAAAAAAAAGUUUUAUGAUGAUACAUCAUAUUUUAUGACAUAGCACAUUUUACAUAUUUUAUAACAUGUGAUAUAUUUUGCAUUAUAGUGAACAUAUGAUCAUAAUGAUAUAUAACAUAUAUGUAAUAUUACAUAUAUGUAAUCGUCAAAGUCAUACAUUUUUAUAUAUCAUAACACAGCAAAACAUGCUAUAUGUUAUGAUAUAUAACAUAUAACAUGUUUUACAUAACAUAUGGCUUAUUUUGCAUAAUAUAAGACCUAUUUUACAUAUAUGUAAUCGUCAUAGUCAUAGAAUUUGAUCUCUUGUUGCUGCUCCACAAAGUGCAAUGUGCAAGGCUAUGUGUGUGCGGAAGUAAUUACUGAUUUGCAGCCUCAGUGUCUGUCUGUUCUUGCAAGAUCUAGUUGAACAGGUGAUUAGCAUUCUCUAGCAAACAGGAAGUAUUUUGGGCCUAACAAACCUCACGCACCCUAUAUCUAUUUAUCUAUCUUUCAAUCUUUCUAUCUACUUAUCUAUACACAUACACAUACACAUACACAUACAC